AUAAACCUGGUGUGCCAUACGUACGCCGAGACACAAUCCACGGGAAGUAUCGGGAUAAACGUUUCUCGGAGAACGUCGUCGGCCAGUAACGACGACGUCAGCGUCAGUCUCGUGGCGCAGCUGCCGAGAGCGCCGUUACCGCUGCCACGAACAUCGAUCGCACUUCGUCGGCCAUAACCUCUGCAAUUCCGCUGGCCCGUCGCCCUGGGCACUUCGCGCGACAACCCUAAAAUCCAAAUCCAACGUCGCGUCGUACCGUGUCGCGAUCAGUUUCGCGUUUCUCGAAACUCGUCAAAGUGCAGUUUCUCUCAAAGUGUUCCGACAGCUCUAGGAAAGCCUUCAACUGCAACCCCCUCAGCGUCCAGUUUCGACGUGAAACUCGAGACAGUCGGGUAGACUUUCCUGGCGAACAAACACGGAAACAACGUAGGGCACGGGAAAAGGAUUCUUUCCGUUCGCGACAGUCGUCCACGGUACGUUCGAGCAAGGAGCCCCUUCCUUCCCUUCGAUCGGCAACGCCCGCGUGAGAAUAUUCGCACGCGGUCACGUACUGCUAUCGUUCGCUAUCGUCGAUCAGUGUGCAGCUGCUCCCGAACGGGUUCAAUUGUACGCGUCGGUCUUAACGAGGUAAUUGUUUCUGUUCGCGAGCCAGGGAUUAAAUUCUCCCGGCGUGGCGGUGUGGAAACCCGUUAAGAUCCGAUCGGUGUGUCUCUUUGGGCGAGAAUCGAGAACGACGGGCUCGAGAGUCCGUCGAUUCGAAACGUCUCGUGGUCAGAAAUAGCAGGAGCACGUUUUGGCGCUAACCUGCCACGUGACAGUUCACCGACAAAAGGUGCGCCGAGGAGGAACUUGAUGGCAGUCGAACCGCAGUGCAGUCGUCGCUCUAGACGUCGCGACGGUUGAUUCGAAGCGGAAUCAAAGGUUUCCCCCGGCUGCUGCAACAGACGAGCAUGAGUGCUCGUGGCUCGCGGUCGCGUGCUUCGACGCGUGUUUGCACCCGAUAGCGGCGUCGUCCGCGGACGUCGGCGUCUGACGUCACUGGUUCCGGCGGGAAACCCGACAACAAACCGAAACGCGCAACGGCAACAUGGACAAGCACGAUUUUCUGGUCAAUCUCCAUUACCUGCCGAUUCUCCUGUUUGUCUCGUUGCCUGCCGUCCUCAUUCUCACUUAUGUAAUAGCGGUACUGUUGGGCCACGUAGCCGGUUUCCCGUACAUCUCGGACGCAGCGACCAACGCACCUGAGAGCUGCAUUUUCGCCCAGUUUAUCAACAUGAUCGCGAUGCUCAUGUCAUUCGUGGUGUACAUAAGGUACUCUUUGGUGAGAGAGUGUUCGAGCACCUUCAGCUUGCAAUCAUCGUUACCUAAGUGGAAUCGUUGGGCGUUAAUUUUUGGCCUAACGUCUACCUUUGGGCUAUCAGUGGUCGCUAAUUUUCAAGAAACGUCUGUGAUCGUUGUGCACUUUAUCGGCGCGCUUCUCUGUUUUGGUGGCGGCACUGCAUAUUUCUGGACUCAGGCCGUGUGCUCGUUCUACCUGCAUCCACUCGGGUGUUCCUUAAGACUGGCACAUCUUCGAACGGCGUUAUCCAUCUUCUGCACCGUUUGUUUCUUUGUCAGCCUUAUCACCGGCGUGCUGUCGCGCAUGGCCUAUAAGGGAACGAAUCCACGAAAAUGGUACAAGGGGGACGGUGGCUGGGAACUGCACGUCGCCAGCGCGAUUACGGAAUGGGUCUGCGCAACAGCGUUCUGCGUCUAUAUUUUGACUUUCACUGACGAAUUCAGGGACAUCAAGAUCAGCCAUCCGAGGGUUGUUUGCAACCCCCAUCGCGUAAGGCUGACCGACGAGGCGCUGAACGAAAGCCAGGAUUCAGCGUUGGGCCAGGAUCGAGGAUCGCCGACGAUCACCUGAUCGCUCAUAGGCAGAGGCGUCG